AUGGACCUAGAGAAGCUCUACAGAGAAGACCAUACAUUCUUCAAGGUCAUCAUUGGAGAUUUCAGCGCCAAGAUAGGACCAAGAAGAACGUGUGAAGAGCGUCACAUUGAGACCCAUGGAUUAGAAUGGAACAAACCGAUUGAGCGGCUAACUGAGUUUAUCAUGACGACCAAGACAUCCAUGGUAACUCGCAAUUCCAGAUGCCCCACCCUCAACACUGGACAUAAGCGUCUUCCAAUGGAGAGNAUGCUCAUGCAAGCAAGAAGGAUAAGGUACGACGUCAUUGGCGUGGCCGAGACGAGACGACUUCACCUAUUCAACCCCGUCCAUGACACCGGAGAAGAACUGUUUCUCGGAACAUGCGAUAGUAGAGGCGUCGGCGGCGUCGGCUUUCUCGUCAGCACGAGUUUGUCCGUGAACAUCGAUUCAUUAGAACAGCUUACAAUCCGCAUCUGA